AUGGCUGUGAACAGCGUUGUGAACGACGGCAACACAAACAAUUAUACUGAACUCGAUCUCACUCUAAAUGUGAACUCCACUUAUAUUUGGCAGAAAUACGGAAAAUAUCUUGAAUGCUGCGAAGACAGAAGAGUAAAAUGGUUAGGGGACUUAACUUAUCUAAAGGAUUUUGUGUCAAGUUUGUACGGCAAUGUCCGCAAAUGGAAUUCUCCUGGGGCAUCAGCGAAGUGUAUUCGGCACGAUCAAAUUUGCCUAACCUGGCAUGCAAAUAAAACGUCUUUGCUUUUUCAAGGUGAGGAGGGAAAUAAACUAAAAGAUCUGAUUAUAAAAUGCUAUAAAAACAGUGAUUUGGCGCACGACCAUGCCAAUACAUGCGAACAAGAACCUAUCGUAUUAGUCAACAACGGUAGACGAGAGUCACCAAAUGAGUGUCAAAAUUGUAGUCGUCUGUUUGCAGAAAUGACUGAAGUCAAUCGCAAAAUUGAUGGGCUGCAUGAGAUUGUCAAUAAUCUCUAUCAGUUGAAUACAAAGUUUGUAAAUUAUGAAUAUUCUAGAAAUGACGACAAACGAAGUACUUGUGAACUGGGCACGCAAACUGAUCUGUACUCGGAGCAGAGUGUUGCUCAACACCCAUCCGUCAUACAGACUGCUGAUAUCAACUUGGCUACCGAAAUAGAAGGCCUCAAGUUAGACUUUGUAAUUAUAGAAUCGAAAACUGCGAGAGAUUUGGAGGCUAACAGACAAGCGAUAGAACAGCUUCGAGGCGAGCUAGCGACCGUAGGGGAGAAGAUUAGAUGCUCCCAAGGGUGUCGUGUACUGCCUAAUGAUAAUGCUAAAGAAAAGUUAAAUCAUUCAACCCAAUUAAGCUUUCAAACACCAAUAAACGUUCAUGCUAAUCAUGGUAACUCUAAUUCAAUUCAACCAUGCGUUACUCACUCACCAACAAAUUGCGCUGAAAAAACUCAAAUUAUUCAACUCAGCCAAGUGCACAAACAUCAACAGUGUGUGAAGCUAAUCAUGGUAAUCUAACCCAGCAAAGUCCCCAACCACCAACAAUUGACCACAACGUAACAAAUACUUGCGAAAUAGGAAACAGUUCCAGAAUGGAACACAUUAAUACCAUAGCAGAAACUGAACCGUGUGCACCGCGGAGUACCACGAUUGCUGAAUGGAUAGACCGUUUGACCCUCGUUGAAACAGUACAAUCAAAGUUUAGCACUGAAAGCCGUCCUUUUUUUCGGAAACGCUACCGCAGGAAGAGUCGAGGCAGUUUGGUAAAACAGAAUCAUCGGGAAUACAUCAAGAAUCGCCGAACACAAGAUUGGCUCAAUCACCUGAACCUUGUACGCCAUAUUAUGACUUAAGAACGGCAAGUCAUGGAUAUUACGAGUCUAUGACUUUGAACACCAACAUAAUACCACUCACAUCAAUUUUUCAUAACCUUGUUUCUGACUCAUUAAAUAUUCAAAACUGUCAAAUAUUCGACUCUGAAUUCCAUCCUCGCUGGAAUUGUAGUAAAUAUCGUCCAACUACUCGCACGUUAAUCACGAUUCCAUCCACCCGUCUAUCCUAUGACUUCCCAACUUUCUUCUUAAGCAACUCUCGUUCAAUGGCUAAUAAACUGGAUGAGAUCAGUGCAACUAUUACUAAUAAUAAAUGUGAUGUUGCAAUCAUCACAGAAUCAUGGCUUUCGUCAAGCAUUACGAAUGAUCUCAUUAAGAUCCCCGGAUUUUCAA